CCUAGUCGUUAUCGUUCUUGUUCACCUGAAGCACCCCUAUCGUGUAUCUUUGCGAGACCCCAUUAUAUCGCGAGAAGUCGUUCGAGGAAGAGCCCUUCGCCAGGUAGGCCGUUGUCUCGAGGAAGAGGAGACCCGGGUCGGUUAGACCGUCGCGUGCUCGUGAACGACACAGAGUCAAGAAGACUCCUUGAUCCUUCCCUAACCACCAUCGUUAAGUAUCGACGACUACGGUUGGACCCAACGCGUAACAAUACCUUAGAUUCCCUAAGGGCUAAUAAUGCCCCUAAUCCCUUAUUUUUAUGGCUUAAAAGCCUAAAUUAUAGCUAUAUAGACCUAUAA